CUUUGUUUGGGCACAGACCUCAUCACCAUUGGAGAGAGGAGCCUGACAGCCGUGUUCUCUCUGAGAUCACUGUGACCGUGUUCUUACUAAGGUCUCGGGGAGACUUUACUGAUGAAAUCUGUAAAAUGUAAUCAGAUGUGAGUUUUGGACUUUCCCAUGACCAAGGUCAGAAUGCUGCCCCUCCGUCAUGCUCUGGCUGUAGCUGUUGUCCAGAUCUUUAUCUUGUCAGAAAACUGGGCAUUGGCCAAGAACAUCAACUUCUACAACGUGAGGCCUCCUCUGGACCCUACGCCAUUUCCAAAUAGCUUCAAGUGUUUUACCUGUGAAAAUGCAAGGGAUAAUUAUAACUGCAAUCGAUGGGCAGAAGACAAAUGGUGCCCACAAAAUACACAGUACUGUCUGACAGUUCACCACUUCACCAGCCACGGAAGAAGUACAUCCAUUACCAAAAAAUGUGCCUCCAGAAGUGAAUGUCAUUUUGUUGGCUGCCACCACAGCCGAGAUUCUAAACAUACAGAGUGUAGGUCUUGCUGUGAAGGAAUGAUCUGUAAUGUAGAGUUACCCACCAACCACACUAAUGCAGUCUUCGCCGUGAUGCAUGCUCAGAGAACAUCCGGCAGCAGUGCCCCCACGCUCUACCUACCAGUGCUGGCCUGGGUCUCCGUACCUCUACUGACAUGAAGCCACUGUUCCUAAGAGAGACAGAAACUGCCCUCCGAAGCACAAGCCAAAAACUGUGUGAACGCUGAACGUUUGAGUGAAGACCAGUCUUGCACUUGGUGAAGAGUGCACCUUGGACGACCCCAAAGCAGAAGCCAGUUGUUCGCUGAGCUAAAGCACUCCUAUGUCGGGCCACAGGAUGGAGGAAGGGCACGUAGCAGGAAGUGAGGGGAUUGUCUGGCUUCCAGGCUUCCUGGUCAGAGGGGCUGCAUCUUGUCUCUUCUGCAGGGAGGAUCCUGCCAGUAUCUGCAACAGAGAGGUUGCAGCAGCCUGUUUUGGUCCUGCUGACCAGGCCUUUAGCUGAAUGGACUGCUUGGCCUCAAGACUCCUUCAGAAUCUGCUGGGUCAGACUCUCUCAUUUCUGUGAUGAGCUCAGAGUGUCCCUAUGAAAUCAACUCUUCCAUCAUGAGAAAGCAAUUUUCCCAUCAAUGACACAGUCAGUGAGAAAGGCAGCUAACUAUAGGAAGAAAACUUCAGUUGAACUAAUAUGAAACCCAUUUACUAUUGUGGGGGGAAAUAAAGCUUUUAAAUUAU